AUGGCCCAACCUUCUCAUAAUCCAGCCCUCGCAUCCUCCUCCAGCAAAUCCAACAUAAUCACUCUGUUGAUGCCCACGAACGAGACAGCACAGCCACCAUCGACAGUCCACGACGAUUUCGUCUGCACAAGCCCAGAGACAUGCGAAUUACUCCUUAGAGACGCAGCCACACUGUCUCUCUUUCAUAGUGAUAUCCGCACAUGCAUCUACGACCCGCAAUCUAGCCCGCCGUUCUUCAACAACGACCUUUUCCUGACCAUGGACCUGCCGUCUACUUCUUCUAGAUCACCACCAAGCUCUAGAUCCAUCUCGCCAGCUUCGGUUCCUUUGCCGGAUCCUGCAGCUCCAACUCCGGCUUUGGAUCCGGUAUACGAGAACGAGCACGAGCAGCAGCAAGCGCCGGCACUACCAGCGACUACAGCGGCGAUGUCUUCUCAAACAUUUAAAGACUGUCGAGAUUCCAGCGAGAACCACGCCGGUUGGGUUAGCAAAAGAGAAGAGGCGAGCAUGUUCGCGCAAUAUAGGAUGGAUUGCCAUGCUUAUUUGCAUGAUUUGGCUGUGGCGCAAGGGAUCUCGCUGGAUCGCGCUUGGGACGAGAUGCAGGUUAGGAGAUGGAGGUGGGGAUUAUGGGAGAAACAGGCAAAAGGCGAUGUUAUAGACACCGUGAGAGGCAGAAGGGAAGCGAUAGGCUGCUGA